AUGAACAGCCUCCUGCCAGAGACGUUCAAGUGUCCGAAAAAGCGCAAGAGAGACGAGAGAGAAGGAGGAAGAGGGCCCUUGCAGAAGGUCGACGCAUGCGUCGGCCAAAAGGCACCAUUUCUCAAUUCGCCGGAGAACGUAGAAGGCGAUGCAUCGGAAGACUAUCCUGCGAGUGCUGUAUCUGGGCCGUGUGCUGUAAACCCUAUGAAGGCAAUGUUCAAGCGCACGCCGAUAAGUCUAUCUGAUUAUGUUGAUUUACAGCCUGCAAGCCAGGCCUUGAGCGAGGCAUUGUUGCCGUUGUCUAUUGUUAACGUUAUUGUUGACGGCCUUGGCAGGGGUAGUGUUCUAAAGGAUCAGACUAAUAGGAUUCUCUCAGGACUAGUAAAGCCUGGACAUGAUGGAGCAGCAACGAGCAGCACUGCUAGAUCCAGUGCAGAGAUAGACUUGUCGACUUGCCCCCCGUCUCAACCAGAACCACAACCUCUGCAGCCUCAACAGUCUGAAGAUGAAGAUCUGGAGGAAUACGAUAGGUUCAGGUACAAGCACCUUCGCAAGGGCGAAAAGCCUAAGUUGCAGGAUCUCAGCGAUGAAGCCGUGGAGUCUGCUUACGAAUGUGCUCGAGUCCACGAGGAGCUCGUGUGGCUAAAUGAUAUUCCAACAAUGGGAAAGGCUGUCGCGAAAAUCACUCCUCCAGAGAAGGUGAAGGAAUUACGUCUAAAAUUCACAAAAGGUGCGUAUCAAGUUGCCAGUGUUUACAUUAUCACAGUUUGCAUCUUCGGCGUUGGCGAAGAAAGGGCGGUCUGGGAGUCGCAGGGCCCCAAUGUUGUGGUACACCACACGAUCCUGCCUGGCGAAGUCUGCCCCAGCCUCACGCCGUUCGCUGUGAAGCUCGAGUCUUUCUUCAGACUCGCAAAAAUUGACUACAAGAAUGACUAUGAGGAGCCCAUGGGCCCCAAGAACAAAGUUCCGUGGAUCACCAUCAACGGGGAAGAUAUUUCGGACUCUGAGAUCAUUAUUGACAGGUUGCAACAAAUGUUCAACAUACAUCCGGACGCCAGCGUGCCUCUUGAAGAGAACGCCGUUGCGACUGCCAUGAGGAUCAUGAUGGAGGAGCACUUUUACUGGGGUCUGGUCUCAUGGCGAUACGAUGAAGAUGCGAUGAACGGUCUGUUCAAAGUAUUCAAACUGCCGCUAUUGCAGCGACAUCUGAUCAAAUCAUACCGAGGUAGAGUGCAACGAAUGCUCUACAAUCAAGGCACUGGACGGCACUCGUUUGAAGAGGUGCACUCGUUCAUGAAGAAAGAUCUGGAGGCGCUAUCUGUAUACAUCGGAGAUAAAAAGUUCUUCCAUGGCGAUGACAUUCACGUGGUGGACUGCGCCAUUUUUGGAGCUCUCACUCAGAUCGUCUACAACAGUCCCGGCAGUCCCUACACAAGAUUACUUAAAGAUAAAUACUCCAACCUUCUGGCCUACACGGAGCGCGUCAAGCAGCGUCUCUGGCCGGACUGGGACGAAUAUCUUGUAAAGAAAUGAAGUCUUGUUCAUAUUUACAGCAAAAUAAGAGGGGUAAUCGAGAUAAAUUGUAUGAUUUGAAGUUCAUUUGGUGAACACAAGUCAAUGAAGGCGAGCUAUAGAUCCUGAUCCCCGCAGUUUUUUCUACAAUAACAAGCCAAAUUUUUAUUUCCUAAAGUAGUUUUGAUCGAAUAAUAAAUGACAACAUAUAAAC